CGGGGCCAAAGAAGGAAGUAAAAGGGAAUACAACAAUAUAACCUAGUACUAUAUUUGUGAUAGUGACGUUCUAUGCGAAACUUUGCGUGUGCUCUUUUUUUGUUUGUUAUUGUCAGCAUUGGAUGAUUAGGACCCCGACUGUGAUUGCAUGAAACCUAUGGGCACAACUUUGUACCAUUGAGCAUCAUCAUGGAGGAGACAAGCCGCGAGGCGGUUGCCACAGCAGUCCAGCGUGUGGCUGGAAUGCUGCAGAGGUCUGACCAGUUGGAUAAAGUGGAGCAGUACAGAAGAAGAGAGGCCCGGAAGAAGGCCUCUGUCGAAGCAAGGCUUAAGGCGGCCAUCCAGUCUCAGCUGGAUGGUGUUCGCACCGGACUAACUCAGUUGCACAGUGCUUUGCUUGACGUAAAGGACAUCCAGAGCUCGCUGGCUGAUGUGAGCAAAGACUGGAGGCAGAGCAUCAACACCAUAGAGAACCUGAAAGAUGUCAAAGAUGCUGUAGUUCAACAUAGUCAGCUGGCCUCUGCUGUGGAAAACCUUAAAAACAUUUUCUCAGUCCCAGAGAUUGUGGAAGAGACCCAGCAGCUGAUAGAGCAGGCAGAGCUGCUUCAGGCCCACAGAAAGCUGAUGGAGCUGGAGAGUUCCCGAGACGACCUCAUGUAUGAGCAGUACCGUAUGGACAGCAAGAACACCAGCGACAUGCAUCUCAUUUCUAUCUACUUUGAAGAUGUUCAGCGGUUAUCAGAUGAGCUUGCCAAACAGUUAUGGAUGGUUCUGCAGAGGGCCAUGGCUACGGUUCGUCGGGACCCCACCAUGCUGGUGUCAGUGAUUCGUAUCAUUGAGCGUGAGGAGAAGAUCGACCGGCGCAUGGUUGACCGUAAAAAACAGACAGGCUUCAUCCCGCCUGGACGAGCCAAAAGAUGGAAAGACAGAAUGUUUGAGGUAUUAGAGUGCACUGUCAGCACCCGCAUUGAGGGCACCCAGGCAGUGACAAGAGAGGCUGAUAAAAUGUGGCUUGUUCGUCUUCUGGAGAUAAUGAGGAAAUACGUUUUAGAUGACCUCAUUAUUGUCAAGAACCUCAUGGUUCAGUGCUUCCCGCCACAUUACAACACCUUCAACAGGUUUUUCAGCCUUUACCACAAUGCUGUUUCUACUCGUGUCAAAGAACUGGCGUCUGAGGAUUUAGAGGCCAAUGAGAUAGUGUCCAUGUUAACCUGGGUCCUCAAUACCUAUAAGAGUGCAGAAAUGAUGGGCCAUCCAGAGCUUAUUGCUGAGUGCGACAUCAACCAGCUAGAGUCAUUGCUACCUCAGGAUGUGGUGGAUGAGCUCCUCAGCAAAUACGUCCAGACUUUCACAUCUAAUAUUACUGGCUGGCUGAGGAAAGCCCUCGAAACAGACAAAAAGGACUGGCAGAAAGAAACAGAACCUGAAGCUGAUCAGGACGGGUACUACCAAACCACACUGCCUGCCAUUGUCUUUCAGAUGUUUGAACAGAACCUGCAAGUGGCUGCACAGAUUGAUGGGGACUUCAAAGAGCAGGUUCUCAAACUCUGCCUGAAACAGAUGAACUCAUUCCUCAUUAGGUACAGAGAAGAGUCUGUGGCCUACAAAGAGGAACACCUGAGAGAUCGACAGCUGCCUCAGUGUUACGUGCAAUACAUGAUCGCCAUCAUAAACAACUGCCAAACAUUCAAAGAGUCCAUCAACAGUCUAAAGAGAAAGUACUCUCAGUCCUCUGAGCCCACUGACAGUGAUGCCGCCAUAGAACGGACACUCAACGAGGUGGCCAAGGAGGGGUGUCAGUUCCUCUUAGAUGAAGUCUUCUUAGAUCUUGAGCAUCACCUCAAUGAGCUUCUAACCAGAAAGUGGUUGACAGGCUCUCAUGCUGUGGACACGAUCUGUGUGACUGUGGAGGACUAUUUCAAUGACUUUAACAAGAUCAAGAAACCGUUCAGUCAGGAAAUGACGAGUGAAGCCCUGCGCAGGGUUGUGGUAGACUACAUCAAGGCAGUGAUGCAAAAGAGGAUCACCUUUAGAAAUGCUGAUGAGAGGCGGGAGGGAGCUGAGAGAAUGAUCAAAGAGGCUGAUCAGUUCAAGUUCCUCUUCAGAAAACUUGCUGGCGGAGAAGAUACUGAUCGUCUUUGUGGAGCCAUUGUGGCCAUUGCUGAAGUCUUCAAGCUGACUGACCCGACACUGCUCUUCCUGGAAGUCACUACCCUGGUUUCCAAAUACCCCGACAUCAGAGAGGAGCAUAUCCAGGCGCUGCUAGCGGUGCGUGGUGAUGCCAGCAGGGAAAUGCGCCAGAUGAUCCUCGGAACGCUCAGCGAGAACAAAGUAUCUUAUGGUGGUGUCACACAGCCCAUCUUCAAAGAAAUCACUGUGCCUACUAUCACCAUGACUACCAUGACUACCAUGACCUCCAUGGCAACUGCCAAGCUGCUUAAAUAAAAGCCAAUCCUAUCAUUUCCGCCUCCAUAAAAGCUAACAUGUUUUUCUCCUCAAGAUACUCGGUUCUGUGUUCAUUGCACCUUUCUUGUGUUAAGAGAAGAAGAAUGACUUUCUGUUUAUUUGCUGUUUAAUGGCCAUGGUGAUCCCAUUUGUGCUUCAAAAAAUGACAAAUGUAUAGUUGUAAAAAUGAACUGUCUCUAAAUGUAUGUCAUCCAACUGAAAAUUUAAGAAUCGUUGAGGAUUAGGCUAUUCCUACCAUUUCUUCAUUUUUCUUUCUUUCAAUUUUCAAGAAAAUGUGAGGAGUCUGUUUUUCAUCUGACUCCAUACUAAACAAUUCUC